UAACGUUUGCUGAGCCUCUAAGUGUGCAGUUCUUUUGAGUCUGAAGCCGAAAAAUUUCAAUAUCAAUGUUGUUGAAAAUAUUUUCCACUGCUCUCCUUUGCGGAAUAGCAAACUCGCAAGGUUUUUCGUACCAAGAUCCCACAACGUGGGGACUGCAGUACCCAACUUGCAAUGGCAACAAUCAAUCACCUGUGGAUAUUCCGUGGGGAUUUGGCGAUUCUGUGAUCGUACAGCCUGGAGAGCUUCAGUGGAAUAACUAUGGAAAUAUUCCAGAUUCGAUGAGAAUAGUCAACAAUGGUCAUACAGUUCAGAUAAAUCCUACAUGGUUGAAUGCUUCCGACAGACCAUACUUAAUUGGAGGGCCCUUGCAAGGUCAAUACAUCCUAGAACAAUUUCAUUUCCAUUGGGGACAGAAUGACAGCGUUGGAAGUGAACACACAUUCAACGGACAAAGAACUGCGAUGGAAUUGCACAUGGUUCAUUGGAAAAGCGACUACGGUGCAUUCGAAGCAGCGGCGAGUCAAGCGGAUGGAUUGGCAGUGAUUGGCGCCCUUUAUGAUCCCAUUUCCGCAAAAUCGUCUAAUGGAAUAGAGCAGACCUGGAGACAACUAGAAAAUCUUCGACAGACAAAUGCUGCGACGCGAGUGGAACCAUUUCCCUUAUCCGAUUUCGAAGUGGUCAAUUCUAAGGACACGUACGUAAGCUACUAUGGAUCAUUAACAACGCCUGGAUGUAAUGAAGUUGUUACGUGGCUAGUGGCACUUGAUUUGUUCUCCAUCACAAACGAUGAGCUGCAGCAGAUCAGAUCGGUUGGGCUAAGUCACGGUGAUGAUCAUAAUUACCGACCUGUGCAGAACUUAAAUGAUCGUUCUUUCGCCUAUUACCGUUCAAACUGAAGCUUCGGUUACUGCUCAAUUCAUUGAGUACCCCAGAAAAAGUCCUUGGGACGGACGUUCAUCUAAAAAUUGGGAAGCAAUUUCCCGUGAGAUAUCUUCGAGCUUGAAAUUCAAAAGAUCCUUCAUGUCUCAACCGACAGUCAACUGUCCAUUGAUUUCAAUUUUUUUUUCUGAUGGUCUACCUAUGUAAGCAUAGAUAAUAAUAAAUGGGAUACAACAUCUGCAAUUAAA